AUGGACAAUGUCUCAUCUUCGGAGUGCCUGAAAUUGAAUUCCCAGACGGAGGUGUUGGAUAAGGAGGGCUGUGGAAAAGACCUUUUCUCGCUAGCUAUGGUUCACCUCAAUUGCGAUACAACAAUAAUAGAUAACAACGCUAAAGAACCAGAGACUGAACCAUGGACUAUAAACCUAGCAGAACUAACAGAAGAAGAACUUCGUACUUAUUUUCAUGUGUUCCCAGGCCCUCCUAGUCAUAGAGGGGCAAGUCUGAUGAAUCGAGGGUUAAAGAAUCAAAGACUGAAGAAUCAAAGGAUGAAAAAAGACGCUUUAUUGGUGGAUGAGCACCCUACGCAAAUAUGCUCUUAUAGGUAUAAAGUCCCAGAGGAUGCAAUUGUUGGCGAGCGUUGUGUGGUUGCAUGUCGUGUAUGUGGCUGCCUCUUUAGAGACUCACGUUGUGCUAAUUGUGGCACAAGCCUAGGACGUGCAAUUCUCAAGGAGUGUUCAAUAUGUGGGAAGGAAGGUGAACACUUGUCUUUUGAGUGCCCGAAACACAAUAGGAAUAAUGGUUUUACUUGUGAUCCUUAUACUGGUUAUUUUUCUGUCGGGAUCUUCCCUUUGGAAGGGUAG